AGCAGCAGCAGCAGCACCGCUACAGUGCAUGUGACCCUUCACCCACUUCCAGCGCAGUGAGUUCUCACGCUUCUCAGCGCUAUAUAAGGCUGAAAUAACCGAGCCUAUCAAACCCGCUUCUUCACGACUAGCAGCAACUGCUCACAAGUCAGGAUGUUAUCCUAUCUUACUCGCUGGGUGUCUAGAGGUGCUUUCCAGGCACUGAAGGGGACAAGCAUUCGGCCUCAAUUGGUCAAGACACCUCAUAUUGGGAAUCAGACACUGGCAGCAGCCCCUCUGCCCUUCACUGGGGGGAGUCCAGGAGUAAGGCAGGCCCGGGCACUGGACCAGGAGAGACUACUGCAGAUUGAUUGGGAUGAUGGGAGUUGUAGUUUGUAUCCAUUCACCUGGUUAAGGGAUAACUGCCAGUGUCCUCACUGCACACUGCAGUCAGCACAAGCACGCAGUCUGCUGUUCACAAAUCUGGACGUGCACACAGGAAUGGACCAAGUACAGCUGAUGGACAAUAAGGUGUCCAUUACUUGGCCUGAUCAGCACAGUAGUGAGUUUGAUCCUGACUGGCUAAAGAAACGGUGUUUUUCUUCUGAAGCAAGACAGGCUCUGCAAGAGGAGCUCUUCCUUAAUGAGCGUGAAUAUUGGGAUUCAAGUCUGCAGAUCCCCACAGCUGACUUUGAGGAAGUUCUACAUGAUGACAAGGCUGCCCUGGCCUGGCUAGAGGCUCUGAGACGCAUUGGCAUUGUCUACCUGAGGGGGGCGCCGGCAGAGCAGGGCCAGGUGGCCAGACUGAGUCAGAGGAUUGGCUAUCUCCGCCUCACCUUUUACGGACACAUGUGGCAAGUUCAGGACAAGCCCAUGGCUAACAAUGUUGCAUACACUUCUGGAGAACUGAGCCUGCACACAGAUUACCCUGCUCUGCACCAUCCACCUGGGGUGCAGUUCCUGCAUUGUGUCUGUCAGGCUGAUCAGGGUGGUGAGAGUGAAGUGGUAGAUGGGUUUCACAUGGCGGAGCAGCUCCGUAGGGAGGAUCCUGAGGCGUUUAACAUCCUCUCCUCGCUCAGGGUGGACUUCACAGACAGCGGUGCUGACUACUGUGACUUCAGCGUGCAGUCCAAAAACCACAUUAUAGAUGUGGACUCUGAGGGUCGGGUGACGAGGAUCAACUAUAACAACGCCACACGAGACUCGGUGCUGGAUGUGCCUCUGCAUCAGGUUCAGCCCUUCUACUUGUCUCUAAAGGCCUUUGUGGAGCUGCUCAGCAGGCCUGAAAACGUGUGCACAUACAGAAUGGAACCAGGUGACAUGGUGACCUUUGAUAACUGGCGUCUGUUGCAUGGCCGAAAGAGCUACCUGUCACGAGGUCAGAACUCAAGACAUCUAGAAGGAGCAUAUCUGGACUGGGAUGAGGUCAUGUCCCGUCUCAGGAUCCUCCGGAAGGCUGUCCGUGGAGAUAGCUAGACACUUCUCUUCAUCCACCACACUACAGUGACAGUUAAUGAUAGGAAUAAUCUGUUUCUUCAAGAUAACUUUAAAAACAUCUCUUCACUGUAGAAAGGUUUGGGUCGUAGGGAUAUUUUCUGUUGGGCAUUUCAGUUUUGGCAAGUAGCUAUUUGCUCUUCUGUAGUUAAUACUGUUAUUGCGGCCUUUUACUGAAGGGAUCUUGGAGUCUUCAGCUCUUUCUUGCAGUCAUUUUCUUUGUCUUGACUUAUUACUAUAUAAGGGACAGUUUGCCAGAGGUAAUUUGGCUUUAGUCUUAAUAUAUUAAUGACGAAAUUUUGUUUGGAACUAAAUGUUUAUCAUAUGUAUGGAAACUGCCCAAAGUAUGGUACUAGUCUGAACUAAUGCAAUGGGUUUAUUCUGAACCACUAAUGUUUUCAUCAGUCAUAUAGUCCAUGUUGCAACAAAGUGACAUCUCUGGCACAGUUUGAGAUUUAGUUUGUGAUGUAUUAUAUCAUUUUCCUUUUUAGCUUUUAUGUAUUUCACAUGUGGUGGCAACAGAACUAAACGUUUUUAGCCAACCUUUGUUUGUCUUUCAGGGAUUAUUAUUUUAACGGACAGUACUUUAACCUCUCUUUCACAUAAACAUAUAUGAUACAUUGAUUUUUACCCACAAAUAGUUUCCCCAUUUUAUGCAGUAAUGAACCAUUCAAUUUAUAUUUGCUUGUACUGUAAAUAGUAGUUCAGACAGUGAUGGGCCAUCGACUGUUUCUCGUGGUACAGAAUUAUUUAUAAGCUGAUGUCUAAAACAAAUGGUCUCUGUUUUGAUAUACUGUAUGGAGACUGGAUAGUCAAUUUAAUUACUAUCAGUACUUGUAUACUGAUUGUCAUGCGCAGUGGAGACUAAGCUCUUUGAUACUUGAAAGGCCUCAAAUAUGAAAUUGUUAUAGAAAGAAAAACUGGCCAAUUUGUACUAAUGCAGCAACAAUGCAAAGAUAGCUCAUGUGGCUAAUAAGUCUAAUUAGUAGAUGAGUUGCAAACCUGCUAUAGCCUCAUUUUUUGUUAAUGGACAAUUUUGAUAUUGAAAGAGCUCAGGAUUAUGAGCACCUCCAGUGGACUUUUUUUGGAUGGGCGUCCACAUAAACAAUGCAAUGUUUAUUAAAAAAAUGUUGGAGCUUAAGUGUUACAAUGUUUUAGCAGUACUCUGACAAAGAUAUUUUUUUUCCAAAAUGACAAUAAAAUACAUUUAUAUACAGAGAUGU